CGCAACGCGCACUUCGAAGAGCGCCUCUUCGAGGUCUCCACCUGCUCACAACGCGUGUGGGACCUCCUGAGCUGGGUCAAGCCCCGCCGCAUGACCUCCUCCGCGGGGAUGCGUCGCGCUGACGACUCGGUCAUCACCAUGGACACCGAUCUCGCCGAGGAGUUCGACCGCACUUUCCACAAGGCCGCCGACCGCCCCUGCGACCUCUCCAUCGUGGACGAGCUCCCGUCCGACCCCGCCCGGGACUGGCCGCCGUUCUCUGCCCUGGAGCUCACGGACGCCCUCGCCACCUGCAGCCCCAAGUCCGCGCCGGGCCCUGACCACCUCACGUGGAAGAUG